AUGGGCUAUAUCUAUGAAGCAAUGGAUCAAGCAAAAGAGCAAAUUCAAACUAGCUACAAUAUUAAGAAAAAAAGCUACCAACCUUUAUGGAAGAUUAUAGAUAACAUAUGGGACAAACAGUUGCAUAGGCCUUUGCAUGUUGCGGGUUACUAUCUUAAUCCAAUGUUGCAUUACAAACCUAAUUUCAAAGCAGAUAAUGAAGUUAAACAAGUGAUGUAUGCAUGUUUAGAAAGGAUGAUGGGAGGAGACAUGGGUAUGGUGAAUAAAAUUGAUGGUCAGCUUGAGAAUUUUAAGAGUAAAAAACGGUUCUUUGGGAGUGAAAUAGAUCAACGUGGACUAGAAAACAAGACACCAACUCAAUGGUGGGAAUCUUACGGUGAUACACACCCAGAGUUGCAAAACUUUGCUAUUCGUGUGUUAAGUUUGACCUGCAGUUCUUCUGGAUGUUCAUACGAAGAAAAGAAACAGGUUGAAACAAAAGACUAUGAACGAUCUGGUGUAUGUGAUGAAAAUGCAGGUGGUAAUCAUGUAAAUGUGGCUGAUUUAGAUGAAGAUUUGAUGCAAAGUACUGGUGUUAAAUCAACUGCACAUGUAGAUGAAUUUGAUGUCCUUGAAAUUAUAGAAAGUGACAAUGAAGAAGAAAAUGCAGACGAAGGUGAUGAAGAUGAUAAUGAUGAUGAUGAUGAUGGUGGAGGAGAUGAUGAGAUUAGUGAAGAUGAAGGAGAUGACAUCAUGGGAGAUAAUCCAAAUUAUCGGCGUAUUUGUGAUUUGUACUAG